AUGGAAGGAGAGAUCAUGGACCCUAGAAGAGCAAACAAUAGAGGAGUGAGAUUAGAUUUUCCACAUUUUAAUGGGGAUAACCCAACUGAGUCGAUAUUCAAAGUUAAUCAAUACUUCAGCUACCAUCAAACACAACCAGGCCAUCGCUUACUGAUGGCCUCAUAUCAUAUGCAAGGUGAAGCACUUAUAUGGUACCAGGAUGCAUGGGAUAGUGGCCAUUUUGACACGUGGGAGACGUUCACCCGUGCCCUCCAGCUUCGAUUUGGGCCUACUGAUUAUUACGAUCCGAUGGAGGCAUUGACAUGCCUGAAGCAAACUUCUACACUAGCAACAUAUAAGGCUCAGUUUGAGAGUCUCUCUAAUAGAUUAAAAAGGCUACCCGAGAACCACAAGCUCAGUUGUUUCAUCAGUGGGCUUAAGGAUGGGAUUUGCCUACCAAUACGCUAUGAGGGGGAGGAAGAGGAGGAGCUGCUGGAAGGCAAUGAGGAAACCAACCUAGAAAUGGAGAGUAAGACACUGGAGCCUGGUGCAGUAGGUCCAGAAAUCUCAUUGAAUGCAUUGGCUAGAAUUCCCAACUCAACCACCAUGAUGCCGAUGGGACAAAUUUCAAGAGAGAAUGUGGUGAUUUUAGUAGACUCUAGCAGCACUCACAGCUUCCUAAAUCUGGUUGUGGCAAGGAAAACAAGACUUAAGGUGGACCCCUAA